UCCAAUUUCCACCACACAUACUCAAUUUUACAAAAACCACCUAACCCUCACUCUCUCUCUCUCUAGACAAAUUAUAAUUUUCAUCAUGGACCCCUCCUCGAUCCCUCCACCGUCCGUUCCGCCGCCCACCGCCGUGCCUUUCCCGGCCGAGCCCAACGACCACCCGCCUCCUCCGGACCCUCCCGCCAACCACCCUCCCUACGCCGAGAUGAUAUACACGGCAAUCGAGGCGUUGAAGGAGAAGAACGGUUCGAGCAAGAGAGCAAUAGGGAAGUACAUAGAGCAAGUGUACAAGGACCAGCUUCCACCCAAUCACUCCACCUUGUUGACUCACCACUUGAAUCGUUUGAAGACCACGGGACUGCUCCAAAUGGUCAAAAAAUCCUAUGCUCUCCCUAGAUCUGCGCCCCUACCUGGACUCGCGCCUCAACCGCUUCCGCCUGGGGGUUCUCCCAGGCCCAGAGGCCGUCCCCGCAAGGCCCAGAAUCCCGUCCACAACUUGCCCCAGGCCCAGCCUCUGCCCCUGCCCCUGCCCCUGCCCCUGCCCCUGCCCCAGGAAACCGCUAAUGUUCAGCAGAAUGCUGAACCCGUCUGGGCCGCGCUUGGGCUCGCGGACGAGCCCUUGCAGGCUGAGAGCGGCAAGAAGCGCCCGGGCCGUCCCAAGAAGAACGCGGUUCCCGGAGCGGGUCCGUCCCGGAGAGGCCGGCCUCCGGGCUCCGUGAAGAGGCCCGGCCGUCCUCCCAAGGCUAAGACCGACACCGCCGAGGCUUCCGUUGGGCCGAAGAGAGGCCCGGGCCGUCCGCCCAAGAACCAGACGCAGGCGACUCCGAUUCCCUUUGCUCAGCCCGCGGGUGCGGACCCCGUGGCUGAACCGGUUGCUGCCGCUGCUGAUGCUGGGGCUGUGCUUGGGCCCAGGGCCCGCGGACGGCCCAAGAAGUACGCUGAUGAGGUUGUUGCUGCGGGCCGAGGCAGGGGAAGGGGUCGUGGUCGCGGUGGCCGGGGACGAGGGAGAGGGCGCGGGGGAUUACCUGCGCCGCCCAGACCCGGGGCUAGGCCUGUGGGCCGUCCGAAGAAGGGCUCAACUUAUGCUAGUACUUCACAAAAUGCUGCUAAUGAUGAUCUGAGGAGGAAACUUGAACACUUCCAAUCAAAAGUGAAGGAAUCUUUGGCAGUGCUUAAGCCUCAUUUUAACCAUGAAAGUCCAGCCACUGCAAUUGCAGCUAUUCAAGAUUUGGAAGAACUUGGAAUCAUGGACCUCAAUGCACCACUGAGGGAUGAAACACUUCCACACCAAGAGGAGCUGCCACCACCACAGCCACCCGUGCAGCCACAGCAGCUGCAGCUACCACGGCAACAGCUUCCACCACCACCACAACAGCAGCAGCAGCCACCACAGCAAAAUCUACCACCACAACAACUGCCACCACAGGCACCUAUAUUUCCACAAGAUUUUCCUGCGUUCCAUCUGCAGCCAUUCCAGCAGCAUCUGCAGUUCCAGCAACAGCAGCAGCCACAGCCACCACAGCUAUUCCAGCCACCGCCUCAGCACCACCAACAGUUUCAUCCUUAGGAAUCAGGCCCACACUAGGAAGAAUUACAUGGUCCUCAAUUUGAUUAUGAAGCUAGGAAGAAUUACAUGGUCUUCAAUUUGAUCAUGAACAAUCUGAACAAGUGUUUUAACAAGGCACAUGAGGUAACAGAUUUGUAAAGCGAGUAGACAGUAGCAGAACUGAUUUUUCGUUGAGUGAAUUGAUUGUCCAUUUAGUUUGUUGUUGAACACUGUUUUAGAUUGACCCCUCAAGUAAUUUUUAGAUUUUAGAGUACUGAUGAUUCUGUUAUUCAAGUAAUAUUUGUUUGACUUUGCCAGCUUUAGAUUUUUAGUCACAUUGUCCA